GGAGCCAAUUCCCGGGAAAUAUCUCAAACCCUAGUUUUUCUUCUCUCACGGUGCCGCCACCGUAGACACGCAGACCGCCUCACGACGGUCGUUCUUGCCGCCGGCUCAUGUCGGUCACUCUCUCGCCAGCUCACGUCGACGAGCUCCCUAUGCCGGCUCACGUCGGUUUCCGACUCUCUUCCGCCAAUAUGACAGCUGAAACUCCCAAAAAGACUGUGGUUGGUUACUACAAUCAAUUUGUGAUGCUGUGGAACAAGUUAUAUGGAUCUGUGGACCCCACGUGCGGGUGUCGUUGUGAGGCCGCAGCCUUGAUUCGUGCACGUGAAGAACAGGAGAAAACCCACCAUUUUUUGCUCGGACUCGACGACGAACAGUUUGGUCACAUUCGCUCUCAGAUCAUCACCACCGAGCCUGUUCCAGAUCUUCAUCGAGCUUAUGCAUUGGUUGUCCAAGAGGAACGACAUAAAAGUAUCGUUCGAAGCCGGGAUGAUCGCACAGAUGCGGUCGCCUUCGCCAUGCAACGCCCCACUCCACGUGUGCCUCGUGGUGACCCACCUCAUUACUCGUGCACCCACUGUGGAAAGGACGGUCACUCGGUGGAUCAUUGUUACCAGCUCCACGGGUAUCCCCCUAGAAAAGGGCGAGGCCGCGGCAGUCCCUCUGGUCGCGGUGGUGGCCGUACAGCGCCGGGUGGCAGUGGUUCUUCUCCACGUGCACUUGGCCGCGGGUAUGGCACUGCAACAGGGGGAGCGCAUGUAGCUACAAACCCUAAUGCUUUGGGUCUUACCCCCGAUCAGAUGACGCGCCUCAUCUCCAUGCUUGAUCCUCCUUCCGCUCAAGUUACACCCCUCCGCACAGGGGAAACUCUGAGCAAGGUCUACCCAAGGACCCACCUCAGGAUGCAAGAGGUGUGCCACCAGCCAUCGAUCAGUUACUUAAAAGCCCUGUUGCAGCAGAUCACCACGGAGAUGGCUGAGCAAACACAGCAGCCGCCUCUGCCACCACCUCCUCCUCUAGCUCCACUUUUGAGCAUGGACAAGCUUCCUGAGAAUGGCACCAUUGAGAUCCGAAGAUCAACCAGGGUGGCGAGGGUACCUCGUAGGCCCAUGAAGAAGAGGGGAACGGGGUACCCUCCCAAGGCAACACUGCAGAGGCCGAGGGCCAUCGUCACCCAGAUGCCCAAGAAGACUUGCGCCUCUACCUCAUCCGGUCAGCAUCUGGCUCUUCCCAAGACUCAACCGGUCCAACAAGAGACCGUUGAGAUUUUGGAUGAAGAGGAAGCCCCAACGACCGGGGCAUCGGAUUUGAAUCCUCCCCCGAACAAGGGGAAGAAGAGCCGGAUGAAGAAGGUGGCUACGUCCCACCCUUCCUUCAAGAGGAAAAGGGGGGAAAGUGUACCAGAAGUACAAUCCAUAGAGGAGCUCUGGGUCCUGCUUGGGCUCAGGCUGAAAGAACUUUGUGAGGUGGGUCCGGACGCAAUGGAACGGUUCUCCGAAGACUCACCCUCCAAGGCGGCCCGGUUGGAAAUGAAAGUGAGGGAAGGGGAACAGAGGGCCUGGGAGGUGAACGCCGUGAUUCUGCGGCAAAAAGAUGAAAUGGCCAAGCUCUUGAAGGCGACCGAGGCAGUAGGUGCUAAGAACCUCGAGCUGAAGGAGGAAAACACCCGGUUGAUGGAGGAGGUCUCACAUCUGAAGGAGAUCGUGGAGUAUCUAGACUUGUGCUUCGCCUUGGAACCACCAUCCUCCACCAUAUUGACACAAGAUGGUCCAGCAACAUCCUUGGAUUUGUUGCUUUCUCGAGCCCUCACUGAUUCUUCAAUCCGAAGAUGAGGGCCCAAUUGAACCAAAGACAUAUCGUCUUUGUUGUGUUUCAACUCACAUUUAUAGUCUUUCCAAGAUGGUGGCAACAUAUCAAUUACAUUUGAAACAAAAAUACAUUCAUCUUGUUUCAUACCAUGUAAAUUAAGUUGUCCCAACAUACGCACAAGUUCAUGAUAUUGUUCCAUAACAGACCUUAAAUCAACCAUCUUAUAAUUAUUAAAGUCACUAAUAAGAAAUUUCUUACAUGAUG